CCAGCACACCUCUCCUCAUCUAAGCACCCCUCCAAGCUUUCCUAUCCACCGCAACCAUGCUUUUCUUUAGCUUCUUCAAGACUCUGACAAACCAGACGGUUACCAUUGAGCUCAAGAAUGACAUCCGCAUUCGUGGAAUCCUGAAAUCGGUCGACCAAUACCUAAACAUCAAGCUCGACGAUAUCGAAGUGUUGGAUCUGGCCAAGUAUCCUCACCUGUCUUCGGUGAAGAACAUGUUCAUCCGUGGAAGUGUGGUGCGGUACGUGAUGUUGCCUCGGUCGGAGGUUGACGUGGGGUUGUUGGAGGAUGCCACACGGCGAGAGGCUGCCAACCAGGCUGGCAAAGCUCGGUAAACGACCAUGACCUCAAUUUUACGACAAAUCACGCAUCGCGCUCUUCCAAUACUGUUGUUCUCACC